AUGACUCGCCUUGAUUCUAAAUGGGCCGAUCACGGCGGACCCGCGCCGACGGCGCCAAAGCAGGACGCAAAGACAAAAACCUUGGGCGACGGCAGACUGAUCGCCAAGCCCGCAGCGCAGAAAUUACCUUCCAAAUGGGCAGAUGCCCCCGACCCCGAACCCGUCCACAGAGCCCCGCCCAACAAUAACACACAGCUCCCGACGCCCCCCUCUUCUGCUGGGAACGGCGCCAAGGGAGCCUCCAGAGAACGGGGCCAUCGCGGCGGCCGACGCAGAUCGGAGGGGAAACCCGACCGUUCGUCCUCGGAGAACAGUGGCGAGAGCCGGGGAUCGCGCGCAAACGGGCACUCCAAGGAGGUGCGGCAGGAGCGCAGAAAGUCCCUGUCGGACUCGGGGCGCUCAUUGGCCAGCAGACUCGGGAGCUUGCAAGUCAGUGAUGAGCGGAGCGGUGCUCGCGACGGGAAGCCCAGGAAAGACCACGCGGGCCGGGGCGCGUCCCACGGAAGGCACCCAAAGGCCCCCGCCCGCGGUUCUGGCGGAGAGAGCGACGACGAGGGGCCCGGGGGGAAAAUGUCUGCGGCGGCGCUCUCGUUUGCUCUGCGUUUGGGAGUCCCCGAGAAGGAGCGCAAGGCAAGCGGCCAGACUCCGCAGCCAGGCCGAGACAAGCGCCCGGCGCCCAGCGCGCCGGGCCCGGGUGCGUCGAGGCGUGACCAGCCCGCUCCGGCGCCCGCGGGUUCCAGGUACCUUACACCCAAGCAAAAACGAGCGUUGGAGGAACACGAGAGACAGGCCAGGUUGGCCAAGGAACGAGAGCUCAAGGACGCCCAGUUGAAGGCUGAGGUCCAGAGCAUCUUUGAGAAGAUGGGUGACAAGACCACGAGCUGGGCCGACCUAGAGGACGAGUCGGACUAG